GAACAGGAGCCACAAAAACAACAACAACAUCAACGUCAACCACCGCAGCAGCAGCAGAAAACGCUCUCAACAAAUGACAACCCGGCCACUACUAGUCCCACCUCAGCACCGCCGACCCAUCGCGCUCGAAAGCCGUCGCCUGGUCUUGCAGCGCGAUUAAAAGCUCUAGGCUUUGGUACGACCCGAAGAUCAUCGCCGCCCCCUUCCCACCACCACGAACCUGUUGGCCGUCUCCCAGAAGAGCAACUUCGGAAGCUUGACCAGGGCCACUUGACAAGCUCGUCAAACACCGUUGUCGAGCGGCGGGGCCGCCCCUGGAAGGGCGUCAUCGUCCGCAUCCCCUCGGUGUCGAGCUUGAAGUCGGACAAGUCGCACGGCAAGCCCGAAGCCGACGAGCCGGCUCCCGCUCCCGCUGUUAGCGCGGGACCCGACUUUCUCCCGGAAAUCGCCACCUCACAACCAAUGGAAAUGGACACUAACAAGUACCGGCUUCCGGAACAUACAAACGGAAACGGCGUUAAGGCCCAGAUCGACCGAAAGGAAGAGCACAUCGCGAGAGACACUAGACCACCCCAGACGCCCGACGAGAUCCCCCCUCCGCCCCUACCAAAGGACACUCCACCCUUAGUACAGCACAGGCCGAAUCCGGCUGUCCCCGUUGCUAACGACGUCUUCAACCCCGACUCCAUCACAUUCAAUCCACUAGGCCUCCAAAGGCCGGGGUCCAUCUAUACGCUAUCACGCGCCUCGUUUGCAAAUCAGCUCGCCCAGCUCACGUCUAUACAGCUUCCCGAUGCCGACUCUCUGUCUAGCAAGGUCUCUGCGAUCCCAACAGCCCAGGCUGCAGCCAAGGCAUUGAUAGGCGCUGCCGACCAAAUUCGCGGCUGGAUUAAUAAGGCUUCCGAAGUGAUAGGCGGUUUGGAGAGCGACGAUGAUGUCGAAUGGGCGGCCGCCGGGGGGCGCGAGGGUGUCGAAGAAGUGGAAAAUGCCAUCCUUCGGUUCGAGGAGCUAAUCAAGGUCUAUGUCAGCGCCAUCGAAAAACUAAAUGCUCGCGACGACAUUGGUGAGGUUUCACCAAAUGAUCUCCGCCGCGCCCUCGCCCAGGUAGAGGCCAUCCUGGAGGAGUGGGCAAGAAUACGCAAGACGCUGCAUUCUGUCAAAGCGCAGGUCGAGAUUGCCAUGGAAUGGGAGGAAUUGUGGAACGUGGUGCUCGGUGAUAUUCAGAGCGAGAUGGACGAUCUGUGCAGACUUGUCUUCGAGAUGGAGGAACGGAGGCACAAGUCGAUCCUCGCCGUCACAGCUGGGGAUGGCGUGGACAUUGGUGAUUUGGAGACCAUAGUAGAGGAGACGCCCCAAGCAUCGCGACUGCAGGCCGCCGGCAACCGCUUCAGUCUCCCCGCGUUCCCAGUCAGCCCUACCUCGCCAUCCCCAAGUGCGUCAGCUACCUCCCUGGACGACUCGAGCCUGCUGGCACUCUUCGCCAGGAUGCAGCCCCUCAGGGCCUCAUUGGACUUUUUGCCCAUGAGGCUCUCAGUUUUCGAGGCGAGGGCAGAGGCCAUUUUCCCCACAGCGUGCGAAGAGCUGGAGAUGCGACGGGAAGACCUGGAUGCAGCUUACAAGAAGCUCGAAAAGGACGCUGAAUCCCUGCGGAAGGAGCUCGGCGAGGAUCGGUGGGUCCUCGUGUUCCGCGGCGCUGGCCGGCAGGCCCAGAAAAUGUACGAGUCAGUCGAAAGGAGCGUGGCAAGGCUCCGCGAAGCAAUCGACUCCGGAAUGCAUCUGACCAAUCAGCCGACGAUGAGCAAGAAGCUGGAGAGUUACGAGGCGAAGAAGACGCACUACGGCCCGGCUAUCGAGCGGGUGCUCUCCAUCAUCGACAGAGGAGUCAAGGACCGGUUGACGGUCAACGGCGAGAUUCUGCGCUUGCACGCGGAGAUGCAAGCCAGGUGGGAGGAAUUGAAAGAGUCCAUGGAGGAGCUCGACGCAUCUAUCGAAGAGCUCCAAGCAGACAAGAGAGGGCAGCAGCUGCGGGAUUCCGUCUCCAGCAUGCUAUCGAACGAUAUAGCAUCCACCAUCGGAAGCACAGUCGAGACACCCCAAAGCUCGCCUCCGUCUUCCGUCAUUAUGUCCAGCUUGGGAAUAAACAGUUCUACGAAUCUUAAACCCUCAAAGCAACGCUCAACAAGCGCCGCAGGUCAUCUGCCCACGCCUGCGAAUCGCAGACAGUCGUCUCUGCCGACUCCGACGAGCAAGAUUGCCCGCAAGCCCGUGACGGCCAGGAUGUCAACGCUCUCCGUUCCUUCACGAGAGGACUCGGCCACCCCAACCGCCAAUCGGAUCUCCCGUCCCCCUUCGACAGCAGGCAGCCGGCCGCCAUCGACUCUAGCGAACCGGCCAAAGUGGAACAGUUCAACCAACACAUCCGACGUAGACACCGGCCACAACUUCAAACCUCUCACCCUCACCACACCGAGCCCGUAUGCCAAGAAACCGCCCGCCCCCGUCCGCUCCACUUCUUCCUUGACACCGUCAUCCGUAUCCAAACUGCCCAAGCUUCGCAGUCCACUCUCACGCGCGGCCUCCGCGUCUCCCAUCCCCGAAGAUACCCCACCCAGAUCCUCCUCCACCAACCUCUCAUUCCGAGAACGCCUCGCGAGCCAAGGAGCACCGGUUUCCAGGCCUCGCCUCGUCUCGCAAACGUCCGCCCCGGCGGCGACGACGGGCGCGAGACGUGCGUCGCUACAACCCCCGAAACUUGUCGAGUCCUCGCCGGACACCACCCCGAGACCGGCUAGUUCGCUCGCCGCUUCCAGGCGCACCAGCCUCCUACCCCAGCCCAGGACCAGACCGCCGUUGUCGUCCUCCGCUUCGGCGUCAACUAGCAGCGUUACGGGCCGGGAAAGCCCCCAGGCCGUGGCCGGCGCGAGGUUUGCUAUGCGCAAGGGCAGCUCGUCAUCCACAUCGGCUGCUGCUGCAGACGGGAAGGGAAAAGAUGCGCGACCUAGGUGGAGG